AUGGACUCCAACGCUGCCACUGUCGAAGGCAUGCUGAACUGUCUACCAGACAUGAAAAGUGUGUUCCUUGAAAAUUUCAAGCCUGUUCAAGACAAGCUGGCUUCGAUACUUCAGCACUCUCAGUCACAUUUCACGGCACUGGCGGGGCGAGAGAGCUUUGCUGGAUUUCUGAACGUUCCCCUCAUAAGCGACGCCCUAGUGAAGACAAUCGAAGUGAUGUUUGAGGCACCAAUGCCUUGUGUGCUUCAGCUACAGAACGACGAAGCCAGUGCCAAUAUUACGUGGUUGGACGUUGUCAAGGAAAAGAACUAUCAGGCCGAAUAUCAAGGGAAUGGGAACUACCAUUUCCAUAUGCGGGACUGGGGCGUGAUUAUCCAGUUGUCUGCUUUCCAACACAACAUGAUUCUUUCAGGAUUACCCCGAAAGCUUGUUCAACCAUGGUCCUACGAACAAGACGUGCAGACAGAACUAAGCACAUUGGCGCUGGCAGCUGAGAUGACAUCACUGCCCUCAGUGAUCAAAGUCAAUAACGCUGUGCUUGAAGAAAUACUGAGAAGAGAUCGAGUACUCCGCCACAAUCCGAGUCAGAGGUCAGCGGGCUCUCCCUUUCCCAUGGAAUCAGCGGAAGAGCCGGCACAGUAUACGCCAGCGCAGGUUGAAGCAGAUUUUUUCGAUGAGAUGGCCAUCGAGACUCAAGCAACAGACGUGCAAGCUAGUGGCUCAAAAUAUGGUACUAGAACACGGAACUAUCCCAAAAACAGGGCUUGGCCUGCAGAAGUAUUGAAGCAGCUUCCUCUAUGGUUCGAAGACCAAGUACGGAAGGAUCUGUCGCAGGAAGAGAUUGCCCAAAAUUUUGACCGAAAAUUCAACCAAAAGCGGACCUUCCACGCUAUUGAGGCAAAAGUGUAUUUCUUAACAGGCAAAAGUCCUUUUCGGAAGCGCAACAAGAGGAAUUUGCGCAAAGAACCUGUGUCUUUGACACCUCGCUCCUCACCGCAUUUUCAACCGCUCGAAUUGGUGGAAUCCACCCAGCAAUUCAUCACGAGGUCGAACAUCGAGGUUCACGCUCUAAGUCUAUCCUCGAGCCUGCUUCCGCAUCUGAAUUCGGAAGACUGCGAUGAUGGAAGCCUCUACGCCGCUCAUGGUGUUCAACCGGUUGACCCAGAAUCAGAGUCCAGCGACCCUCAUGCGGUAUCUGAACACGACAUUGCGAACCAAGCGUUAGAGAGCCAGCGCGCAUCUCAGGCGAUUGAAUGCUCGUUGGAUAUAAGUCAGAGUGAAUGGCCAGCUCACCGAAGCUUUCGGGCUGAAGAAUCGCCCACGGCCCCUCCAAUGUUUUCAGAUCUGGUGCACGAAAGUCGGCUAACGACCGAGAAAUUAACAAAUGACCUCGCCACAACGUCAAUGACAGUUGCUGAUUCUCUCUUGCAGGGCUCAUCCUCGGAGUCCUCUCAAAUAUCAGAACCUAUUCAAUUUCCUAUCCGGCACCACUCUGAAGGCGAUAUAACAUUUGAAGAGCUCGGCCAAACACUCAUUCAUCCAACUGGAUCCAGUGCAAUGCAUGUGGAACAGGCAGAUACGGCGCAUGACAACCAACCACCAGGAAGAAAUUGUCCGCAAUCUUCACUGGGAACUUCAUUGACUGGAGGUUCAUCAAAUGAGUGUUCUAACAAUGAAAGCCACCGAGAAAGCGGAAUCGGUGCGUUGACUGUUCCCAAGGCGCCAACGGUCUUCCAAAUUCCCGAAGCAAGUUCCACUGACGAAUCGACUGAGCACCACUCUCGAAACCGCGGAAUGGGUAGGCCAACCCCCGAUACCUCUGAGAGAACUUUGGCGGAAGAAGAAUUGAUCAGAAGAUAUCUUCGUGAGAAAUCUCAAGCUCAAGCGGGGAUUUCUCAUCGCUCAUGGAUUGCCAAGGACCUGGAACGUUUACCAGGGUGGCUCAUGAAACGGAACAGUUUACCAAGGGACAGACUUGAAGUUGAGUUUCUGAGAGACUUUGGACACUUUCGAACAUCUUUUGCCAUUCGUGCAGCUUGUCGCAAAAAGAAAAAGGCAGAUUCCCGUCAAAAAGAUGGCCUUCCCGAUACUAUGCCGGUAUCACGACCAACCAACACCAUCGUCGACACUCCCAGCUUAGAGCCAUCCCAUACGAUAGCAGGCAAUGAUAGUACUACCCCCAAGCAUCCACCGUCAGUGCAAUGUCGACCGUCACAAUUUGGUCAUCCACAGGUUCCAGACAACAGAGAAAGACCAUAUCGAAGCAGCCCUGCAUUUUAUCAUGAGGGUGAAGAGGCAAAGGAGUUAAAUUCACCAGCUGCAUCCGAAGAUUCUUCUGAACAGAUGGUGCUUUCAACAUCUUCUGGAAAGUUCGAAAAUACCCCCCAGUCUGGUAAUCGAGGCCAUCGAGCUACCACGCUAAAGUAUCGGGCCAGUUUCACAGCAAUUAAUGGUGACAACCACCACCCCACGGAUCCAGAUAUAAGCGAAUUGACUCCGGUUGAUCAGAUGGAGUCCAACGAGCGAGAACAAGGAAGCCGCCGAGCGUCCAAAGGAAUCCCCGUCGAGCGCAGAAGAGAUGACCAACAUAUGUCCCAGGAGGGGUCACUGAGUAAGUUCUCUAAUGCAGUGCUCGCCAUCGUCAGGGAGUCCUUCAAGCAUAUCAAAUCUAUUUGUCAUCUAACCUUCCUCCAAUUUUUCCUUUAUCUGUCUCUACGUUCAACACUGACUGUUUUCGUUCGCCCUUGCAGGCAGAAGAGGAAGCCACGACCAGCCUUCCUCUAA